AUGCUGCUCACGAGGUUUUGGCGCGCGGCUGUGGCUGCUGCAGCCUUGGCUCUCGUUGCCGCGCAAGACGACGAAUCCCCCAACGGCCAGUCCACCUUCGUCUCCCCCGGCGGCGACGUCUCGUUUGCCUUCACCGUCCCCGACAAUGGCAACACCGAUGUCUUCUUCACCAUGCGCGCCCACGUCGACAACUCGUGGGCCGCCGUCGGCCUCGGCAGCGACGACAUGAAGGGCGCCCUCUUCCUCAUGGUCUACCGCAACGACCGCGGCGACAACGUCACCUUCUCCCCCCGCCUCGCCUACGGCAACUACGAGCCCCAGCACUACCCGGAGCUGCGCUACGAGCUGCUCCCCGGCACCGGCGUCAUCGACGACCACAUGGUCCUUGUCGCCAAAUGUAUCGAGCACUGCCGCAGCUGGCCCGCCGCCGACUCCAACAGCGGCUACAUUGACGUCUCGUCGCCCAACCAAAAGGCCAUCUAUGCCCUCGGCCCCAGCGAGGGCUUCCGCAGCAACAGUCCCGCCGCCGACCUCAAGUUCCACCGCGAGUUUGGCGUCUUCACCAUCGACAUGAAGCGCACCCAGGGUAGCCCCGACGCCCCCAUUCUCGACGCAAAGUCAAAGGCUGUCGGCACCUCGCUCGACUACCGCAAGACGCACAAGUCAGACUACAAGGCCGGCCUGCACGGCGCCUUCAUGGCAAGGUGGCAUGGCGUCAACCAGGCCGUUGGCGUGGCUGGUGUCCUUGCCGGUCUCGCCCUCGGCAUCCUGACCAGCUUCAACUACCAGAGGUCGCGAGGCUUCCGGUCCUAUCACCAAAUCUUCGGCUUCGUCAUUGUCGGCUUCAUCCUCGGCCAGUUCACACUCGGCGUCCUUCACCACCAAAAGUUCCGCAAGACCAAGGCGCCCACCAAGUUUGGCAUGGCUCACCUUUGGCUGGGAAGAAUCAUCCUCUUCCUCGGCACGCUCAACGCGUUUUUUGGCUUCACCUUUGCCCUCAACCGCAAGUUCGGCAUGGUGCUCGCCGGGCUCAUCAUCCUCGGCGCCUUUGCCAUCCUCUUCCUCUCCGUCGGCCGGCAAUUUCUGUUCAAGAAGAAACGGACCCGGGGCGCGGGCGACCCGCUCGGCGGCGUCCCCACCGGCUACCAAGCGCAGCCCUGGCGAGCGGAUCAGCAUCCCCCCCCGGGAGCAGGCUACCCGUCAGAACCCCCACCAGGCUACGAGCCCCCGUCGCAGCAGAUUGGCCUCCAGCCAGUCUCCCACUCGCCCGCGGCACCUUCGCCGUGGAAGAGCUCGGACGCAAAGGACUACGAGGAUCACCCCGCUCUGGGGGGUGCGCAGCGGCCUAGGGAGUUUGCCUGA